GAAGUAGAGAGAGUCCAGUUAAAGGCGUUUGACCAAAAGGCUUUAGAGGGAGAUUACACUACUCCGUUCGGCGGUGGUAGCAGCGGCGGCAAUGGCUAUGCUGGGGGAGGACGGUCGCGGCUACGAACUGGCACGGAAGCUUGACACGUGCGGCGUGUGGCGAACCUGGCUCGGCGACGCCACCUACGCCAACUUCGCACCCUUCCUCUCUUCCCCUUCCGCCUGGGACUCCUUCAUCACCUCCACCACUCACAUCCCUCUCCAACUCAGAGUCCGCGCCCUCCUCUUCGACAAAGCCACCGCUUCCCUCUCCCCAAACCCUAAUCCCUCUCUCUCUAUCCAACGCCUCAACCCUAGUUACCUCCAAUUGCACGCCGACGACAUCUACUUCACCCUCGACGCCGACUCUAAGAAUCAAUCCAAGCCUUCUUCCUCGACUGGAUCCAGGUAUGUUGAAUCUGAACUUCCGGAAACGUGGUAUAAUCUAGUAAUUGAAAAGUACAAAGCUAAUAAGAACUUGGUUUCCGGCGAGUCGCGUUCGCCGGCGGAUAUGGCUUCUUAUAUUAACUACGUUACUAAUCAUAAGAAGCGGCGCGUGGCGUUUAAGGAAGAUGUGAACUCCGUUACGGAUCACGCGCUGCAACCGAACGGUGGUGGUGGUUUAGUUGCUGAUGAUGAUUCCCCGGUUUUUCCGGAGAUAGCGUACGCGUUGAACUGCGUGCCUGAUAGCGCGCUUCCGUUGAGUGAGAGAGUGGAGAAUAAUAGUAGUAACCAGAAGGUUGUGAAGGUGUUUAGUGUUCUUGAUACCUUGCCUCCUAUUGCGGCGACAAGGAGUUCCGUUAUGAUGGAGAGGCUCGGGGUUAGGCCUGAUAUUGGUAGUGUGGAGCAUGGAGGAGGGGUGUCGAGUGGGAAAUUUGGAGCUGAAGGGAAUGGGAAAGUUAUUGGGCCUGAGCAAGCAGCAAAAUUGUCGCAGAAGGCGGUGGCACGGAUUUUGUUGGGCGUGGGGUUUGAAGGUGCCAUGGAAGGUUCAGUUGAGGACUUCUCUGAAGUGUUGAGUAAACGGAUAAGUAAAAUAGGAUCAAAUUUGAGAGUGCUUGCUGAUAGUUACAAGAAACAGUGCUCGGCCAUUGAGCUUCUGAAGAUGUUGCUGAAAACAGUAGGGUUUAGUAAUUUUACACCAUUAGUGGAUGUGGUUAAAGAUGGCUCAAAGAAUAAUGUACAACAGAGUCAGCAACAAAUUCAUGGAAUGCAGCCACAGCUACAGCAACAACAGCAGAGUUCCCUUCGGCUGCCUCAACAACUUCAAAUGCAGAGGCAAAUGCAUCCGCAGAUGCAGCAGAUGAUUCAUUCCCAAAAUAUGGCUUUUCAUCAGCAGCAACAUCAACAACAACAGCAGCAGUUUGAGAGAUUGCGAAGGCGUGCAGCAGCAGCUACUCCUCGCCCUGCUAUGGAUAUAGAUAAAGAAAGACCAUUGGUUCAAGUCAAGAUUGAAAACCAAGACUUACCACUUGAUGGUAAUAAUGCCUUCACUUCUAGACAUCCUCAAAUUCAGCAGUUUAGGCAGCAGCAGCAGCAGCAACAGAUAGCUGCAAUGUCAAAUUUCCAUCCUCAAUCUGGCACUCAGUUCAGACACAUGGGUUCCUUACAGAUUCCUUCAAUUCAGUCACCGAACACUAGCAUGGUUAGAGCCCCGCCUGUGAAGGUGGAGGGCUUCUCGGAAUUGAUGGGUGGGGAUUCUACAUCGAAGCAUGAUCUGGAGGAAAAUAGGCUGACUUCUCCCAACGUGCUGGCUCCUUGAGUUUUGCCUUGGCUUGCCACUGGUGAAUUGGGGAGAUAUGAGGGGGUGAAGGAGUUUCAAUGACAAACAGAGAAGCAAAAGGGGAAAUAUGAAGCAUGCCCAAGAAGUUGCUUGAUUUAUAUAAUGAAUUGUGUUGGAACUACACCAAUAAAAUUGAACGACAUGGACCAUGUAUGUGGUUGGAUUAUGUUGUAAUGGAAAAUUGAAGCAUGACCAAAAGUUGUUUGAUUUAUAAUAUUGUGUCGGAACUAAACCAAUGAAAUUGAUUGACAUGGAUCGACUCUGUAUGUCGUCAGAUUAUGUUGUAAUGGACAAUUGAGAUAGGUUUGGUAUGAAUUGGUUGACGUGUGUAAAAAGAAAA